CAUGGAGGCCGCUGGUUCCAGUGUGGUGAAGCGAGUGGAAGAGCUCGGGGACCUGGCUCAGGCCCACAUACAGCAACUUAGCGAAGCCGCGGGUGAAGACGAUCACUUUUUAAUUAGGGCCUCUGCAGCUCUAGAAAAAUUGAAACUCCUGUGUGGAGAAGAGAAAGAAUGUUCAAAUCCAUCAGAUCUUCUAGAACUUUACACACAGCACUGCAAUUUGCUUGGGGAUGAGCUACUGGAAUGUCUCUCUUGGAGACGAGGAGCUUUACUAUAUAUGUAUUGUCAUUCUCUGACCAAAAGAAGAGACUGGCUCUUAAGAAAAUCUAGUUUGCUUAAAAAGUACCUUGUUGAUGGAAUCCGUUACUUGCUACAGAUGCUAAAUUAUCGGUGUCCUAUCCAGUUAAAUGAAGGAGUUUCUUUCCAAGACCUAGACACAGCUAAAUUACUGAGUGCAGGAAUAUUUAGUGACAUUCAUUUGCUGGCUAUGAUGUACAGUGGAGAAAUGUGUUAUUGGGGAUUGAAGCAUUGUGCAGAUCAGCAGCCAGAAAAUCAUGAAGUGGAUAUGGGUGUUUCUGAAGCAAGCUGUACUACACACAAGGAACCCUUGGAUUUUCGAGAAGUAGGAGAAAAAAUUUUGAAAAAGUAUGUAUCUGUGUGUGAAGGACCCCUGAAAGAACAAGAAUGGAAUACAACCAAUGCAAAACAAAUUUUGAACUUCUUUCAGCAUCACUAUAACUAGUAAGUUCAUUUAGUCCUUUUCAAACAAAAAAACAAAUGAAAAGACCCAUGAAACAGAAAAGAAAGUUCCAGAAAAGAGGACAUAUUGACAUUGAAUUUGGUAAUAUUACACUACAUAAAGACAUCUAGCAUGGUUACCCUUCUUUAGACGCCAUCACCAUUUUUACUUAUGUAUUCUUAAAUAUACAAAGGAAUGAGAUUUUAAUUUCUAAAAUGGCAUGUAUGUUACACUAAGUCAGCUUGAACUACAGGUAUCCUGUCACUAAUAAUAAGGAGGAACCCAAUUUAGCUUUACAAAUAUUUUU